CCGCAGGUGAAGAGGCCCCGCUGUCCGUUUCUUCCCCCCACCGCGCGCUGGUGCAGGAGAGUGCACUUCACACAGCCAUUUUUUCUCUCUCUCUCUCAUGCAUCGUCUAUCUAUAUUAUUUUAUCUCCCCCCGUCUCCACCUCCCCCUAUAUUCUCUCUCUCCCCUCCUCUCCUCUCCCCAGCUACGCCAGUCCUCCUCCCUGUCUGCUUCGGUGCUUCGCUCCCGCACUGCGCUUGGCCGCUUUCCCUCUCCCCGCACCUUCUCCACCUCCCCCAUUCCGCCACCGCACGAGCAGAGCUCCCUCACCAAGAGGACCAAAAAAAAAAAAAACGAGGGAGGCAAGCCAGGCGGGACAGCAACGCGACGCGCUUGUCAUUCACUCGAGGAUUCCUACCAUCCCUGAUAUUCUCUUAUGUAUAUGCUAAUUCUGGAAGUUUAUCUGUCUUCAAUUGGUAUAUUCAACGCAUAUUUUCAGGAGCUCAUGCAAGGCGUAAAUCUUAUUGCAAGAAGGGCAGCUGUGCAUGUUAAGUCUCAAAUAUAGACUCACUUGAUAACACUGCAUGAGAGGUUGAAAACUUGAGGUACAGUUGAUAUUCUGGUUCAGAGUAUGGGUUCAAGGUUUGCAUCACAUCAGCUGAGCAAUGGCCUGUAUGUUUCUGGUCGACCUGAGCAACCUAAGGAGAAGGCCCCAACCAUUUGUUCCACUGCGAUGCCAUAUACUGGGGGUGACAUCAAGAAGUCUGGAGAGCUUGGGAAGAUGUUUGAUCUCCAUGUUGAGAAAUCAAGAAAAUCUGGUCCUCUAGGAAACGCUCCUUCAAGGAAUACUUCAUUUGGAGGCACUGCUUCCAAUUCUGGGCCUGUCUCCAAUGCUGGUGGUCGGUCCAACUACUCUGGUUCCCUUUCAUCUUCAGUUCCUGGUGCUGGUGGAUCAGCCAGAGCGAAAUCAAACUCCGGACCACUCAAUAAGCAUGGAGAGCCAACAAAGAGGUCAUCUGGUCCCCAGUCUGGAGGAGUAACCCCAAUGGCACGCCAGAAUUCUGGCCCCCUUCCUCCUGUGCUUCCGACAACUGGGCUUAUCACAUCUGGGCCUAUCUCUUCAGGGCCACUUAAUUCGUCUGGUGCUCCAAGGAAAGUAUCUGGGCCACUUGAUUCUGCUGCAUCGAUGAAAAUGCGGGCUACUUCCUUUGCUCACAAUCAAGCUGUUACUAAUCUGAACACUGAAGAUGGUUACUCAAUUCAGGGAAGCUUUCCGAAGCCAAUACUCUGGGCUGUGAUUUUGCUCUUUGUGAUGGGUUUUAUAGCAGGUGGCUUCAUUUUGGGGGCUGUUCACAAUGCAAUUUUGCUGAUAGUUGUUGUGGUCAUAUUUGGUUUUGUUGCUGCACUUCUUAUCUGGAAUGCUUGCUGGGGUAGCAGAGGUGGAAUUGGGUUUGUUAGUCGCUACCCUGAUGCUGAUCUCAGAACGGCCAAAGAUGGACAAUAUGUAAAGGUUACAGGGGUUGUUACUUGUGGAAAUUUCCCCCUCGAAUCCUCGUUCCAAAGGGUUCCAAGAUGCGUAUACACUUCUACUGGCUUGUAUGAGUACAGGGGUUGGGAUUCCAAAGCUGCCAAUACCGAACAUCGGCGUUUUACAUGGGGUUUACGUUCAAUGGAGCGACAUGCGGUUGAUUUCUACAUUUCAGAUUUUCAGUCCGGGCUUCGAGCAUUGGUGAAAACAGGAUAUGGUGCACGUGUGACCCCAUACGUUGAUGAAUCUGUUAUAAUUGACAUCGAUCCAGACAACAAGGAUAUGUCCCCUGAAUUUUUGAGAUGGCUAAGAGAGAGAAACCUUUCAAGCGAUGAUCGGACAAUGCGCCUAAAAGAAGGAUACAUCAAGGAAGGUAGCACUGUAAGUGUGAUGGGGGUUGUCCAAAGGAACGACAACGUUCUGAUGAUUGUUCCUCCAUCAGAGCCCAUCUCAACUGGUUGUCAGUGGGCCAAGUGCGUUCUCCCGACCAACCUUGACGGGCUUGUUUUAAGAUGCGAAGAUACUUCGAACAUUGAUGUGGUGCCAGUUUAAUUAGCGGUGAAGAGUCGUUGCCAAAGAAAGUGUCUGUUAAAUAUGAGUCUGAAUUGUUUCAUGCAAUGUUAGUUGACAAAAAUGUGCAAAUGUUGGGUGUGAUUAUGGCAGGUGGAGGGUGGUUCGUUAAGCUGGCUUUUGGAUGUAUAGUUUCUUUUUCUUUUAGUUGUGUUUUGUCAUUUCUUUUUAAUUUUCAGCUCCGAGAUCUGAAACUUGUGUAACCAGAUGCCUCUUAAUCUAAAUCAGCGUGGCAUUUAGAUCGAUUUGAAAGCUUA